UAAUGAAUCUUAUUUCAAAAGCUAGAUACUGUACGUGGAAAUCUAUUUCGCUCCCUGAAGAAACCGGACGUGUGGUGUGCCAAAAUAAAAGGUUGCUUUCGCACAAUCAUUGUAAUUUCUGCUUAUGCACCUGAAUUAUGUGGCCACAGAGUGACAUCUACUUUGACUCACACAAUCCUCACAGAUUCUGGGAAAGAGUCUCAAUAUUUAACCUGUUGCAAUCUUCCAACUCUUAUUUUGAAAAAUCCCAAUCCGGAAACCGGUGCUCAUGUCGCUUCUAACUGCAUGCACGCUGCCCCCCUCUCUGCUCACACUGUUGGAUGCCAGCAGAGGCAGCAUCCCGACCACCGUGCAGCGCCAAAUCUCCACCCUGCAGCCUGCACCAUGCACGGGGGCAAGAGAGGACUGGUGGCCCCGCAAAACACCUUUUUGGAGAACAUCGUCCGGCGUUCCAGUGAAACCAGCUUCCUGUUGGGGAACGCGCAGAUCGUGGAGUGGCCUGUUGUGUACAGCAACGAUGGAUUCUGCAAGCUGUCUGGCUACCACAGAGCUGAAGUCAUGCACAGGAGCAGCACAUGCAACUUCAUGUACGGAGACUUGACUGACAAGACAACCAUCGACAACAUCCGCCAGACAUUUGACAACUAUGAGUCCAACUUCUACGAGGUGCUGCUCUACACUAAAAACAGAACGCCCAUAUGGCUUUACAUGCAGGUGGCGCCCAUCCGAAAUGAAAACAACAAGGUGGUGCUUUUCCUCUGCACCUUCAGAGACAUCACGCUCUUCAAACAGCCCAUUGAGGACGAAACAACGCGAGGAUGGACAAAGUUUGCUCGGCUGACGCGGGCACUCACCAACAAUCGCAACCUGGUACAGCAGAUGGCGCCACUGAGCAAGACGGAGGUCAACCAUAAGCCGUCCAGACUGGCCGAGGCCCUCCAGCUGGGCUCCGACAUCCUCCCCCAGUACAAGCAGGAAGCCCCCAAAACACCCCCGCACAUCAUCCUCCACUACUGCACCUUCAAGACCACGUGGGACUGGGUCAUCCUCAUCCUGACCUUCUACACGGCCAUCAUGGUGCCGUACAACGUGUCGUUCAGGACCAAGCAGAGCAACCUGGUGUGGCUGGUGCUGGACAGCAUCGUGGACGUCAUCUUCCUGGUGGACAUCGUGCUCAACUUCCACACCACCUUCGUGGGCCCCGCCGGCGAGGUCAUUUCCGACGCCAGGCUCAUCCGCAUGAACUACGUCAAGACGUGGUUCGUCAUCGACCUGCUGUCGUGUCUGCCCUACGACAUCAUCAACGCCUUUGAGAAUUUUGAUGAGGACUUCAUCGCAUCUUCAUCCACGGCCAGUCAUCUACGUGACUCGUCAAACUUCCACAGAAACAGCACCAGGACGGAGGACUCAGUACUGCCAGGUCUCAGCAGCCUCUUCAGCUCCCUAAAGGUCAUCCGCCUGCUGCGUUUGGGCCGCGUGGCCCGCAAACUGGACCACUACCUGGAGUACGGCGCGGCCGUCCUGGUCCUGCUGGUGUGCGUCUUCGGCCUGGUGGCCCAUUGGCUGGCCUGCAUCUGGUACAGCAUCGGCGACCACGAGGUCAUCGACGAGACCACCAACACCAUCAAGACGGACAGCUGGCUCUACCAGCUGGCGCUGAGCAUCGGGACCCCGUACCGCUACAACGCCAGCGGCACGGGCCAGUGGGAAGGCGGCCCCAACAAGGACACGCUGUACAUUUCCUCGCUGUACUUCACCAUGACCAGCCUCACCACCAUCGGCUUUGGCAACAUCGCUCCCACCACGGAUGGGGAGAAGAUUUUCUCCGUGGCCAUGAUGAUGGUGGGCUCGCUGCUGUACGCCACCAUCUUUGGCAACGUGACCACCAUCUUCCAGCAGAUGUACACCAACACCAAUCGCUACCACGAGAUGCUGAACAACGUGCGGGACUUCCUCAAGCUGUACCAGGUUCCCAAAGGUCUGAGCGAGAGGGUCAUGGACUUCAUCGUCUCCACUUGGGCCAUGUCGAAGGGCAUCGACACAGACAAGGUGCUGUCCAUCUGCCCCAAAGACAUGCGUGCGGACAUCUGCGUGCACCUCAACAGGCAGGUGUUCAACGACCACCCCGCUUUCCGCCUGGCCAGCGACGGCUGCCUGCGCUCUCUGGCUGUGGAGUUCCAGACCACACACUGCGCGCCCGGCGACCUGAUCUUCCACAUCGGCGAGAGCGUAGACACCCUCUGCUUCGUGGUGUCCGGCUCCCUGGAAGUCAUCCAGGACGACGAGGUCAUCGCCAUCCUGGGUAAAGGAGACGUGUUCGGAGACGUCUUCUGGAAAGAGAGCACCAUGGCGCGAGCGUGCGCUAACGUGCGAGCGCUCACCUACUGCGACCUGCACGUCAUCAGGAGGGACGCCCUCAUGAGGGUGCUGGAGUUUUACACGGCCUUCGCCAACUCCUUUUCACGCAACCUCAUCCUCACCUGCAAUCUACGCAAACGGGUCAUCUUCAGAAAGAUAGCCGAUGUCAAGAGGGAACAGGAGCGUCAGAGGAACGAGGUGGCGCUCUCCAUCCCAGACGACCACCCUGUUCGGAAGCUCUUCCAGAGGUUCCGGCAGCAGAGGGACGGCCAAACGCCGGGAGAGUCUCCCCCUUACCUGGAUCGGAACUGCAUCCAGGAGGAGCCGCCUCACUCCAAAUCAGCUGCCAGCCAAGCUCAGCCUGUUGCUGCCCAGCAGGGCGGCGUAGGCUGCGUGGCCCCCCCUGCCGAGAAGUUGGCGCAAAACUGCACAACGGAUGCUCAGUGUGGUCCUUGUGUGGAAAAGACGCAGAGUCAGGGGGUCGAUAACCCAGCGCAGGGCCGGAGUGUGGGCGCAGAGGGGUCCGCGGGCCUUGCCACCCGCAAAGGAGGGGCUAGAGGGUGGGCCAAGUUUAAAAACGCCACCUCAGCUGCGCAACCUCCUCCUCCUCCUCAAGGGGAGCAGGAGAAGCCAGCAGAGAAACCGGAGGCUUGGACCAAAGGAUCUCAGUCCUCAGAACUAAUAGCAGCCCCCAACCAGAACCAGAACCAGAACCAGGAGGACAGCGGGGAGGGCGGCACCAACGCAGGAGAAGCCACCGCCCUGCAUAAAACGGACUCGUGCGACAGCGGCAUCACAAAGAGUGACCUGCGGAUCGACCGGGCGGGAGAUUCCAGGAGCUCCUUCGAGCGCAGCCCCUUGGAGCGCAGCCCCAUGGAGAGGAACCCGUUUGGGGCGCCGGGGUCUGAGCGGGACCUCCUGCAGACCACGCUGUACGAGGCCAAGGUGGAGCUGAAGGGGGACAUUCAACUUGUGAGUGGCCGGCUGUCUGUGUUGGAGGCUCAGGUGGGUGAGAUCCUGAGGUUGCUGUCCAUCAAAAGAAGACUCUCGCUGCCGCCCACGUCCUCCCCAAGACCCCGGGUGAAAGGUCAAGACUCUGUUACGGCCUCUGUUAGACCCAAAAAAGAUGAUGGGCCAUUUUGAAGUGACUCGGUAGCUAUCUUCUCAGGCAAUGGUUCUCAAACUUUGUACACCAAGUACCACCUCAGAUAGUAUUUAGCUAGUACCACCGUUUUUGCUACCACCGUCAUGGUUUAACUUGUAUGCGCAGGUCACUUGCUUGGAUACUUUUCUAUACUUUUAUUUAGAAAUCUCUGGCGUUCCUGUGCCAGCUGGAUGGCGCCCGCGUACCACCUGUGGUACUCGUACCAGAGUUUGACAAUCCGACAAAAAAAAAAAAAGGGGUCUCCAGAUAGCGCAAGCAAGCUGGCCUACCAAAGAAAUGUCUUGCAUGAAAAAAAAGACUUUACUUUCAUUUCAUGAAAGAUUUUACUUAUAAAGGUAAGACGCAUGGUGGCCCUAAACGGUUAAAAAGGGUCAAUAGUGGAUUGGUAGACCCAGGGAGCAAUACAGGUCUACAGACCUGUAAAUUGCACAAAAAAAAUCCACGAAACAGCGAGUCUGCGAAAGGUGAACCGCGAUGUGGUGAGGAAACACUGUACUCCAGAAUGUUAUGUGUGAUAACAUGAAUGGCAAUGAAUUGCAAAGUCCCUCUUUGUCAUGAACAUCAACUUAAUCCCCCCCAAAAACCAUUUCCACUGCAUUUCAGCCCUGCCACAAAAGGACCAGCUGACAUCAUGUCAGCGCUUCUCUGGUUAACAUCGCUCACAAUUUUGCGUAGGAACACAGCGAUGAGUAAAGAAUGGUCCCAAAACAACCUCCGAAAGCAAACAUCCAAGAACAGUUUAGUGACGAACAACGUCUUUUCCAAAAGUGGUAACUACGUGGCUUGAGGAACGACAUAGUAACACCUGACAAAAAGAUCUAAAAACACCGAAGCAACAAACCUUGUGAAAACUAACACUUUUGGCCUUGUACUUGGCCUUGUACUUGUUAGCAGAAUGAGACGUCCAACAAGGCCCGGCAAGCCUAAAUAAGUCCAGUUGCUGGAUGCCGAUGCUCGCUUCUCCACUUGUUUUUGCACUUUCAAUUCUCACCGAUUACUUUGCUCAGCACAUGUGUGACACCUCUCCACUGAAAUCAGUUUGUGUGCUUGUGACAGCUGUGUUGUCAGCCUGACGGGGCGCUCACGUGGAACCGCCGAGGUCGUCAUCCAUCAGCUUCAAUGAUCAAUGAGCUAAAUAAAGGAAAUACAUAGAAAAUGCCGGCUCCCUUUUCUCGAGUCGGCAUUGGUGCCUUACUUACUGAAGCCUCGGUAAUGCUCCAGUAUGCUGUGCUCUGAACACAUCAGGGAUAGUGGUGCAAUAACUGGAGGAUGUGUCCCCUUUAUUAGUUGCCACAUGCAUGUGAACUACAAACGAGAUGUGACUUUUCAUGUCAACUGGAAUGCAAAGACGUGUCAGUAACGCUCAGGUAGUUUUGCUGUUAACUGGACUUAAACCCGGCCUAUUUUGGGAGAAUAAAUAGGAAUACAUACUGUAUCAGGUUCAGAGUGAAGAAUGUUGCGGAUGCUGCUAUGCAAAUUUGAGCAGAGCAAUCUUUACUGUGUGAAAUUCAAAAAAGAAAGAAAUAGGAUGUAAGCAUGUGACCUCUUCCCCGCUGUACGCUUCUAAAAAGGUCUCGCAUGUCACCACGGAAUCUUUCUACCAAGAUGUGAAUACAGAAAAAUAACAUGCCUGCCCACUGCCUGCUGUCCCGUCUCAUUUGUCACUACGCAGCUUUUGAACAGAUUUAUGCCAGUCAGGGACCACCUUUACAGGCACAGGUACGUGCUGUAUUGAACACAGUAAAACCAACCUCAUGUUGGCCAACAUAUGACACUCUAAGUACGUUUCAUUUCAAUCUCAAGAAAAAUAGCCUACAACUCAGA